AUGCCGCAGAUGCAGCAUGAUGGCCUUCGUACACUUCGUGCCUAUCGUUUUUUGGCCGCAAAUUCCGAUCGGCCUUGGAGCUUCCAUCCCAGUCUACAUGAUAAGCUGAAAGAGGUCGGUGGUGAGCUGUUGGCGAACAUCGCUCGGCAGCGAAUUUUGAAGGAAUUGAAGAAGAUCUUGGGCAAGCCUCGUGGUGCUGAGGCCAUCCGCAUGAUGGCAGAGGACGGAGUUCUUGCUGCAGUGCUGAAGGUGAAUCCGCCUUUGGCUCCAGAUGGUCAAGAGAUCCGGGCACUGGAAUGCCUGUGGUCGCAACAAGAGGUAGCGGACUUUUUGAGCGACACUGCGCCGGAGCGUUUGAGCUUUGGCAGUAAGGAGUCGUCAGUCCCAAGAAUCUACCCAGAUCCAUUGAAGGAAGUUGCAGCGCCAGUCGCGGAUCAGCCCUACGACUACUAUGCGGUCACUGAUUUUGAGGCCACCUGCUGGCCAGGGCACUGCACGGCGGAGCUGCAGGAGAUUAUUGAGCUCCCAGUGGUCUUGAUAGAAGCUUCGAGUGGCAAAGUGGUUGGCGAGUUUCAAAGCUUCGUCCGCCCCGUGGCCAGACCUAAACUAUCAAGCUUUUGCACAAGGCUGACAGGGAUCACCCAGGCAAAUGUGGAUUCCGCUCCAACUUUCCCAGAAGCUGCAAGGCAGCUGAUGAAGUGGCUGGAGGUGUGGAGUAAGUCCAGCUCCCACCUGGACUUGUAA